AUGACAACUGCUACCAAUGGACCUAAAUUCUUAAAGAAAUUCAGAAGAUUCUUGAAAUCAAGCUCUAUUGGUGGAUUCAUGACAAUAGCCUUAAGGCUUUUGCUUUUGGGAUAUUUCCUAUCAAAUCUUGUUACUGUUAUCAAUAGAUCUCAAAGUGCUAUUGUUAAUUCAAUUUACAAAAAGGAUUUAUCAUUUGAUGAAACAUCGUUUAAUCUGACCAAAAAUGAAUUUGAUAUGGCCCUUUUCAUUUCUUAUUUUGGGACUGAAGAGGGAGUGUAAGAUAACAUUCAUAGGUAUUUCACUGCCAAAUUCUAUCAAAUAUUUUUUGAAGAUAACCCAUACACCUGGGGAACUGGAAAUGAUUGGGUUUACAUGCCAAUAGGAAUAGAAAUUUGCAAGGAAGGUAGAUUUCUAGGGGAGAAUAGAACUGCCAAACUUAUAAACAUAACUGGAAACUACCUUUGUCCUGAAGAAAAUUUCAACUUGAAACUAUCUGGUGGAGAGAACUUGAAAUGCAAAACUUAAGAAGAAAGUGAAGCGAUCUUACCCUAUAUGAAUGUGUUUUUUUCCUACAUUACUUAAUAUUUCGAUCACAAUAACUAUGGCCCUAAUCCUAUAAUUAACAAUAUUUAGAACUACUACUGGCCUCUAAAUAAAUAUAUUAGCAAUAACCAAAUGAUGAAAUAUACUUAAAAUAUAGUAAAUACUGCUGAUUCUUGGCUAACAAGUAAUUUGUUUGGUGAUGAGUUUGUUUAUUAUACUGGUAGAUUAGAGUAUACAUAAAUAGGAACAAGAGAUUUGGAUGCAGGUUGGAGUUUAUUCAGUGUCGAGAUUGAUAUGGAUGAGGGGUAUAUAAAGACUGGCAGGACUGUAAUGACUAUCUUAGAUGCAUUCUCGAUUGUUGGAGGACUAAUGGGGAUAGCUUUCGCAUUCUUUUAGUAUUUUAUGGAAACAAUACAAGAAAAACUAUUCAUGUCUUCAAUUAUUAGUAAAAUAUUCUAUCAAACUAAUCCUGACGAUAAGGAAGAAGGUGUUCGCUAGUUAAAUAGUUUAGGGUCAAAUACAAAUUCUCCAAUAGGAACUGUUAGAAUCAAAUUUAUGCCUAAAGUUUCGUAGUAAUAAUCCCUGAUUCCUCAAGCGAAUCCUAAUUCAAUUAUAUCUGAAAAAGUUCUUCAUUUUGUAAAGACUUUGAAAACCUUUAAAUACGGAUACUCUGAUUUAUUUUGCUAUAAAUUUAGGAAGCUUUACUGUAAAAUUCUUUGCGCAAAAGGUAAAAUACCUAACAAAUUACAUAUCCAAAACAAGUUAUACCAGAAAGCUCGUAACACAAUAGAAAACGAAUUCGAUAUUGUAAGAGUAAUUAAAACGGUGAGGAAGGUUGAUCUAAUAUUCAAGACGAUGUUUUCAAAGUAUCAAUCUUUCUUCAUUCCAAUCCUAAGAAAUAAUGUACUUUCGAAGAAUGAUAUUAAAUUAAGGGAUGCAGAUUUUAAUGUCAAAGAAAUUCAAGAAAUUAAAAAGAUUGAUGAUAACAAAUUAAAGAUAUUUAUCUCAUCACUCAUUAUGUAAAGUGAAAAAUCCAAGAUUGAUAAGAGAAUAUUAAAAAAUCUAAGCGAUGAAUAUCGUUAGAAUGUCAGUUAGAAGAAAAUAGACCUUGAAAAUAAUAAGGUAGGAGUGCAACUAAAAAGAAAUUUCUUAAGCAAUUUAGCAUAAAAGCUUGAUACAAACGCUUAGCUUAAAAAAUAUAAUCUGGAAGAUGAAUGGAGCUUUUGA